GUGCUAGCGACCGGAAGGAUUGCUUAUGGACUCAUCGACAAGUUGGAUCGUGGCCGCAGGAUGCUGUUGGGGCAACAUCUUCGCCUUUGGCAUUUUUCGCUCAGCUGCCAUCAUAUACACGGCGCUUCUGAACUCGCUGAACAUCACCAGGGAAGAGGCGUCGUGGCCUGUCACGCUGAUGGGUAUCUUCCUCUGCGUCGGAGGUCCUGUAGCGGGAACACUGGGAAGGCGUCACGGGAUCUGGAAGUUGACUGUCCCUGCGUGCCUGGUCGGCGGCCUAGCCGUUUCCGUCUGCUUCUUUGCCAACGGGAUAUGGUUCCUUGUCGUCUUUUUGGGAGUUAUAUAUGGUAUCGCCAUCUCUUUUAUCACACUUUCUACCGCCGUGAUACGACAACACUUUACCCGUUACAGAGCUGUCGCUUGUGGAGUAAGUUACGCGGGACUCACUAUUGGAGGACUUAUAUUCCCGCCAUUAUUCCAAUGCUUGGUCGACGAAUACAGCACCAGGGGAAUGCUCCUAAUCGCUGGCGCUCUCAUGUUGAACGCUACUGCAGGGGCACUUUUGCAGAGACUACCUCCAGACACAACACCAGGGCCACCACCCUUCGAAAACAAGGACAGCGCAUGCAUUCCUUUGGAUGAAAACAAAGAGAAUGAGAUUAGUCUAUUAGAGUGUGCUAGUGAGAAAGGUGCACAGCUCGGUCUCAACAUUACAAAGGCGUCACAUAAACGAAUAGUUGCCCUCAAAGAGAGCUCAGCAUUAAUGCUGCCUUUGAAGGAAAAAAUAUAUUCGGAUGUUAGUGGAAAUGAAGAAUGUGUCAAGGGUGCGAAACUCGUAAUGAGUUCUAGUGAGGAAUGUCUGUCAACGGUGAAACAGUAUCACCACGCUAAAAAGGAACACCAAGGGGAUGGCUACCUGAAAUACACACAAGUUCCAUACUCAGGCCUAACAAAUGGCGUACGCACCUUCACCGAAACGGAGAAUCGCAGCAAGAAGGUCAAAAGUCUGUUGUCUGAGGGGUCUGAGAUCGAUGAUGCAUAUUACGAGACGCAGAAACAUGAAGUCCGACCGAAAAAGACAAACAUUCGCUUCAAUGUCAACUUUCCUUCGUAUCUGAAAUUACCCAAGUUCUACCUACUCUCCUUUUCCAAUGGCAUAAGCACUUUCAUUAUGUCCACGUACCUCGCUGUCAUCGUGGACUUUGCGACGGACCGGAAUAUUUCCAAGUGGAACGCCGUCCUUCUGCUUACGUUCUACUCGAUGGGAGACUUGGCGGCAAGGAUGGGAUCGGGUUGGAUUACGGACAAAGGAUUCAUCGGCAAGAACUUUAUGAUGGCCGUCAGUCUCUUUGUCUGUGCAGUGUCGUUGUGUUUGAUGCCUUUUUGCCACGCGUUUUAUCUUCAUGCAUUCCUCGCCAUAGUCGUAGGUUGGUGCAACGGAGCUACUUUGAUUUUGGUUCCGGUGUUUUACAUGGAUCUUGUGGACGCCGAUAGCUUCAGCGAGUGCUUUGGAAUAUGCAUCUUCGUUGCUGGGGUUAUGCUUCUUCCAAGACCUCUACUGGUGGGCUAUUUCAGGGAUGACUUGGGAGACUACCUGGGAUUGUUUCUUCUCACGGGUGGGGUGACGGCCCUCGCCGCCUUCGCUUGGAUAUUCGAUCGAAGGACGUCUGCAGUAACAGCUCCGUCGACGGACACCUGUUGUAAAGUGCCUCUGCCUUUGGGACCACCGCCGGCUUCAGACUGCUUCACCGGACAGAAAUCUGUAGCGAAAGAGACCGGCAUAUAACCGGCUUGUAAAAAAACAUUCAAAAUCA